AUGUCUUUAUUCAACAAAAUCUCAACCUCAUCCCUCUCCAAGACCUUAUCCUUCAGGUCUCAUUCCUCCUCGUCCAAAUCCGAAGAGACCAGAAUGGGCUCAGGACACAGUCGUCCUAGCAAACACGGCAACGCCAUUUCGAGGGGAUUCAGCGACAACAACAACGCCGCGAGACCACCGUAUCCUGUUGACAUGUACCCAUCACCAGCGAAGCCACGACAGUGUGAUGUUUGGAGUCCUCCUCCUUACAGCCCAACACCAGCUGCAGCACAGAUACCAUACAGCCCAGACUCUGUCCAGAGCCCUCCUUACCCCGUCAACAACGCCGCUCCUCUACCAUCCUCGUCGACAAGUGCAAACAAUCAAAUUUCCGACGAUUCUGAAUACUCAUUCCUAAAAAUGUUCGACACCAUCUUCCUCGUCGACGACAGCGGUAGCAUGGCCGGCCGAUCCUGGUGGGAAGCCGAAGAAGCCAUCGCCGCCAUCACUCCGAUCUGCACACAAUACGACCAGGACGGCAUCGACAUUUACUUCUUGAACCACUGCAGCACCUUGGACAAGAUCGGCGGAUACCCAAAAAUCAAAUCCCCGGGAGCAGUUCAGGAGAUCUUUCGCAGUGUUGAGCCAAGGGGUAUGACGCCUGUCGGUCACCGUCUACGUCAGAUCCUCCUCCCGUAUUUACGCCGAAUCGAGAAGAUGGCCGCCAACACGGAUGAGUUCGGCUGUGUUCUUAAUGAGGCCUUGAUUGUUAAACCCCUCAAUAUCAUCGUUAUCACAGACGGAGUGUUUAGCGAUGAUGCAGAAAGCGUGAUCCUCAAAGCAGCUCGGACUCUGGAGAACUGCGAUGCGGCUCCCUGGCAGAUUGGGAUCCAAUUCUUUCAAAUUGGUACGGAUAUUGCCGCGCAGAAGUAUCUAGAGCAAUUGGAUGAUGAGUUGGGUAGGGCUGUCAAGACUGGUCAUUUUAGAGAUAUUGUGGAUACGGUGCCGUGGAAGGGGCAGACCGGCAGGACUCUUUCUGGAGAUGGGAUUUUGAAGGUUGUUCUGGGGGCUGUGAAUAAGAGGUAUGAUCGGCAAAAGGGGCAGCAUUCUUAG